GAAAAAAUGGGCAUUGAGAUUUACGUCAUCCGAAAAAGUUGCAGUUAUUUUGGUUUGUUUUCUUUCCCCCUGCGGAGGAGAAGAGAGCUCGGUCUGUCUUUGCCUCUUUGGCACCUGCUGCCUGUGUAGCUGCUGCGUCGUUCUGGGUUCGAGACGGUUGCGCCCCGUCUAAAGGUUUCGUGGUUCUUGGGAUUAUUGGGUCGGUUCUGCUGCUGUCCAACAUGAGCUUCACAGGUCCGUCAAUGGCUUCUGGUGGGAAGACUGCUAGAAGAGCGUUCGAUUUUGGGAAGACAUAUGUGGUUAGGCCCAAGGGCAAACAUCAAGCGACUGUGGUUUGGCUGCAUGGACUUGGUGAUAAUGGCUCAAGUUGGUCCCAGCUCUUGGAAGCCCUCCCUCUUCCAAAUAUUAAAUGGAUAUGUCCAACCGCUCCAACUCGACCUGUAACUCUGUUUGGUGGUUUCCCAUCUACAGCAUGGUUUGAUGUUGAGGAACUUUCGGAGGAUGCUCCAGAUGACUUGGAGGGUCUGGAUGCUGCUGCAACACACGUUGCAAACUUAUUGUCAACAGAGCCUGCUGAUAUUAAAAUAGGCAUUGGAGGCUUCAGUAUGGGUUCAGCGACCGCUCUAUACUCUGGGACCUGCUUCUCGGUUGGGAAGUAUGCAAAUGGCAACCCGUUUACAGCUAAUUUGAGUGCUGUUGUUGGAUUAAGCGGCUGGCUUCCCUGUGCAAAGACAUUGGGUAAACAGCUCGAAGGAGCGGAUGGAGCAGCUGACCGUGCUGCAUCUCUCCCUACUUUGUUAUGUCAUGGAAAAGGUAAACUUCUGAAUUUCCUGUUGGGUCUCAGUUCGCAUCACUUUCAUUGGGAGAGAUUGGCGUUCUACUUUCUUCUUUUUGUUGUUGUUUGGCUGUUGCAGCUGAUGACGUGGUCUCACACAAAUACGGCGAGAAGUCCUCUCGUGUGUUGACCUCGCUUGGAUUCAAAGAUGUAACGUUCAAAUCAUAUAACAGCCUUGGACAUUACACAAUCCCUCAAGAGAUGGACGAGGUAUGCGCCUGGCUAUCUUCCAAAUUGGGGCUCGACACCAGCUCCUCAUCAAAGUAACAUGGGAAGUGGAAGUCUGGAAAGAGGGAUGUUAACAACUGAUGAAACAAACCAAUGGAGCCACAAGUGGUUCUAGAUAUGCAAGGCUAUCCGGUGGUGGUUCACAUUAUUAGUGUAUUAUGAGCAAUGAGAAACUUGGGUUACUUGCUACUCUUCUGAAUCAUGAGAUUGAAUGUAAUUUAGUAUUUACUCUUUGAUACAUAUAUUAUGUGGUAUUUUGACGACCAUAAUGUACAAUUGAAUCCAUUUGGUGUACUUUCUUUUGAUGCCUGGUGGAGUACAAUAGUGGAAUAUACAUAAUACAACAUACACAAAUCAAAUCGAU